AUGGAGGCGGCGAACCGAGCCGGGGCCGAGAUGAGCUUAGCGGCGCUGCGGCGCCACGACCCUUACAUCACUAGCAUCGCCGACCUCACGGGACAGGUCGCGCUCUACACCUUCAGCCCCGAGGCCAAUCAGUGGGAGAAAACUGACAUAGAAGGGACCUUGUUUGUGUACAGAAGGUCAGCUUCGCCUUUCCAUGGUUUCACGAUUGUGAAUCGGCUGAAUAUGCAGAACCUUGUGGAACCUGUGAACAAAGAUUUGGAAUUCCAGCUCCACGAACCGUUUCUUCUCUACAGAAAUGCCAGCUUGUCAAUUUACAGUAUCUGGUUUUAUGACAAGAAUGACUGUCACCGCAUAGCCAAACUCAUGGCCAAAGUGGUGGAACAGGAAACCCAAAGGUGCCAGCAGGCUGCUAGCGACAAGCAGAGCCCCAACCAAGCCAAUGGGCGCCAUGACAAGAGGCCCAUUGACAUCCUGGAGAUGCUGAGUAAAGCCAAGGACGAGUAUGAGCGGAAUCAAAUUACGGACUCCACUAUCUCAAGCCCUGGAUUACAACCAAGUGCUCGCCUCACCAAUCCUGGCAGUGCCGAGGAAACCUCAGAAGAGACUUCCCCUGGAUUACAAACACAAGAGAAGCCCGCUCCGACGGGACACAAGCACCUCACUGUGGAAGAAUUAUUCGGAACCUCGUUGCCAAAGGAUCAGCCCACAGUGGCGUAUCCCAGUGCAGAAGGCGUUGAGAAGCUGCCCCCCGAUACCUCCCCCAAGGAGUAUGACUUAUUUUCGCCCUUUUCUUUCGAGUCAUCGAGAGGGACCCAUCAGCCAGAGAAUCCCAGCAUCCAGCCCAGCAGCCCUCGGGUGGGUCAGCAGGAGGCCCCCACGCCUGCCGCUGCCCCGGACAAGAAGAGCUCUACGGGCUGCGCCGUCCCGAUGAGCCCCGUCGUGAAGGCGGCUCCUCCAGCUGAGGCCACCCCGUCCCCAGCCGCUAAAAAGGCUCCCCAGCAGCGCUCUCCCCUCCUGGCCCAGCCAGCCUCUGAGCUGAGGCACAAGACCCGCAAUCUGACAGCCACCCAGAGCCAGUUUGUGGCACCACUGAGUGGGACGAGCCCCGGGAGCGCGACAAACGCCAGUCUUCUUCACAAGCUCCAGCUGACGCCCCAGCCGGCAGCCCUCGCCAAGAACCCCAUCGCGCCUUACUUUGCCUCGUCGGCGAGCCAGCUCGCCACCCCCGAGAGCUUCAGAGAGCCUCACGCCAGAAGAAGAGGGGCCACGGCCACGCUUGGCAUCGCCGGGAGGCCUUCCCUGAAGGUUUCCUCUCCCAAGUUCAUUACGACAACCACCUCCCCAUCUUCUUCCAUCCUUCUGUCGCCCAGUGUUUUCCAGCAGUCGGCGCCCAAGGCCUCGGAGCUCGAGAAGAAGGUCAGCUCCCCUUGUCUCCCGAGCGGUGCCUCGGAAAACUCGAACAAGCCUCCCCUGGUUCUCAGCAGGUCUCAGCUGCAGGACACGCUAAUACAUCUCAUCAAGAACGACGCCGGCUUCCUCAGCACGCUCCAUGAAGUCUAUCUGCAAGUCUUGACCAAGAACAUUAACAACCUGCAGCUGUAG